AUGGCUCUCCAUCAAUUUGACUUCCUCCUGGCGGUGGGAACAAUCUUUGCGUUCCUCGAUGCCUGGAAUAUUGGCGCCAAUGAUGUCGCAAAUUCCUGGGCCAGCUCCGUCUCCUCCCGUUCCAUUACGUAUCUACAGGCCAUGUUGGGCGCGUCCGUCAUGGAAUUCAGCGGUGCUCUCGGUGUCGGUGGCCGUGUAGCGGAUACCAUUCGCACAAAGGUCGUCGAUACCACAGCCUUCAAUGACCAGCCAGCAUUGCUCAUGCUCGGUAUGGUUUGUGCCGUCAUAGCGUCUGCUAGCUAUCUGACCAUGGCUACCCGCCUGGGAAUGCCCGUAUCGACUACGCAUUCCAUCCUCGGCGGCGUUUUGGGCAUGGGCGUAGCCGCUCUUGGUGGCGACGGCAUCACCUGGGUUGGCUACAAGAACGGAAAGGUCGACCUCAAACAGGGUGUAGUCCAGGUUUUCAUGGCAUGGAUCAUCUCACCCGUGAUGGCCGGAGCCUUUGGUGCCUGCAUCUUCCUCCUUACCAAAUACGGUGUCCUGCUCCGAUCGAACCCGACCAUGAAGGGCCUGAUGCUGGUUCCCGUAUACUUCUGGCUUACUGCAUCCCUCAUCGUCAUGCUGCUCAUUUGGAAGGGUGGUGACUACGAGGUCAAUUUGACCGAAGCCCAAAUUCCGGGAGUCAUCGUGGCCGUCGGGGCCGGCUGGGGCCUGCUUAUGACCCUGUUCCUCGUUCCAUGGAUGUAUCGCAUCGUCAUCAAGGAAGACUGGCAGCUGCGUGCCUGGCACAUCCUUCAAGGUCCAUUCCUGCUGCGACGCGGGGAAGUCCCGCCGCCGCCUGCCGACUUCCAGGGCGUUGUGCGCAACUUUUACGAAGGUCACCUCACGCGGGAAGAACUUGACGCUCGACGAGCGCGCACGGCUGCAGCCGCCACAGACGACGUCGAGGGCCAGCAUGAGAAGACGGCUUCAGGGUCUGAGACGCCUGUCCCUGGGCCCGAAGACUCGGCGCCCACGCAUAAGUCUCUCGUCGGCCCCAAGCCCGAUGGUCCUUGGUACACUCGCGACUACAUGUGGUGGUUUGCGAAAUGGGUCGUCCUUCGUGGCGUCGAUCAGGACAUUGUCGGUUCCCAAAAGGACAAGUCCGUCAUCGCGGGCGACGUCGAGGAGAUCCACGCGCACGCCACGCAUUACGACAACCGCACCGAAUUUCUCUACACGUUCCUCCAGAUUAUGACUGCGUCUGCCGCAUCCUUUACACACGGCGCCAACGAUGUCGCCAACGCCGUCGGUCCAUACGCCUCCAUCUUCCAGAUCUGGCAGAGCGGCGCAGUUCCUCUCAAGGGGGCCAACGUGCCUCUGUGGAUUCUGGCCUUUGGUGGCGUGGGUAUCGUGAUUGGUCUCUGGACGUAUGGAUAUCAUAUUAUGCGAAACCUAGGCAACCGGGUGACACUCAUGUCGCCGGCGCGUGGCUUUUCCAUGGAGCUGGGCUCUGUCAUUACUGUCAUUGUCGCCACCCGUCUUGAGCUCCCUGUUUCGACCACGCAGUGCAUCACUGGUGCCAUUGUUGGCGUAGGCCUCUGCAACGGCGACUGGCGAGCGAUCAACUGGCGUAUGGUGGCGUGGAUCUACCUCGGCUGGUUCAUCACCGUGCCCGUGUCUGGCCUCAUCUCGGGGAUUCUCAUGGGUUUCAUCAUUAAUAGCCCUCGAUGGUAG